UGCAUGAUUUGAACAUAGUUUCAUACACCAUUGUACCUGCAUACUUUCACCAUGCCAGCAGCUAUUAAACGGCGCAAGGUGACUGCGACGUCCAAGAACGCAUCUUCCCCUAACACCAGGUCUCGGGGAAUCGAAGCCUUUGCUAGGGUUUCGAAGGCAAGCAGCACUCAGACAGCUGGUACCGAGAAGAAGGAUUAUGAUACCAUAGCAAUUACCCCUUACUCUACGACUGAGAAGAAGAGGAAGUUGGACAGCAGCGACGAGGAAAGCACUGCAGAGCAAGCUUCAACUCCUCUCUCUGCUAUUAUCAAGCACCGUGAUAUCAAGCCGUUACCUCCUCGACGGUCACAGAGUUCCCAGCUAUUCCCACAAACUCCACAUAGGCCACUCCUGAAAGCAGGCUCGUCCACCGACACCCCCACAAACGGUGCAAGAACUCUCUUCGAGCACCUCCUCGUAUCCUCGAAGCCUCCUGCAGGAUCAUCAUCUCUCAGCAGCGACUCCCCUCCAAGUCCACCUCCUGCGAAGCUCGACCCCCCUAAACCCACCCCUGCAUCAGCUCAUGACCUUCCAACCGAAUUACUUGACCUCAUAAAUCUACACGCAGCAUUCCUCACGGCACUAUCACUUUACUAUGCGCAUAAUGGAGCACACUCGCCUGCAGAUCUGCGGAUCCUUUGUACAGACGUUGCUCGAGUUUGGGGGAAACGCCAAGUCACGUUGGAAGACAUUCGAAGGAGUCUUGGGGUUACGAACUCGGGUAUCCCAGAAGAUACGAAUGACCGUCGAAUAUCCAGACUCGGCCUGUCUGAUUAUGGACACGGGAAAAUUUGCAUUGAGAUAAAAAAUGCUUCUGGAAAGGCGGGCAGGUUGGCCCGCCCUGUGAAUGAAGUUUUAUUAAACGAAAUAUUUGUGCGAGAGUUGAAAACCUCAUGGGAUGAGAGGAGAGCAAGUGGCAUGGAGGCAAUGGAAUUCAUCGGGACCUUGCCAUUGGAGCCAAUAACGACCUGCUCGUCAUUGGUCAAGAUGUCGCCAUUACUUGCAAAGGGGCAACGAAGAUUAGAUUACCUCAAAAGCGGAAUCACUGUCAAGAAAGAGGCCGCCAAGGAGAAAUCGCCAGUCGAGACAUCCAACGGUACCAAGCCAACCCUCCUCGAGCGUCUACGGGCGAAGCAACUCCACCAGUCCACUCUUCCGGCGGCACCAUCGAAGGCAGAAAUCGCCCGGAAAGCGGCAUUGCAAAGGAUCGAUGAGGUUGUUGCAGUGUUGAGCAUCCUGAGCACCUCGACCUCCAUUGGCCAACAGCGGAUCUCGUUUACUCUGCCAACUGUUCUGGGAAGACUCUGCGAUUCUUUUAAGACGCCGAUAUCAAAGGAAGAGGGGGCUACUUGUGUUAGGCUUCUUGCUUCGGAAAUAGCACCGGAAUGGGUCCGCAUUGUCAAGAUGGGUAAAGUCGAGGCUCUUGUGGUAAACAGGGAUGCUCGGCCAACUGAGUUGGAUAUCAAGGAACGCGUAAAGCGUGCAGCUUGAAUCUUGUACUUGUAUACACGAACUUUUGUAUUAUACGCACGGUCACUGGAUACCCACGGAUGGAUUUGGAUGCUCGGUGCACGGAGAAAUGGGCGAUGAUAGAUGAGUUCAAUGAAUGGAUUGA